AUGGAGCUUCUGUUCCCGGCCUUCGAGGCGCGCCUCUAUGUGCGCCUCGUGCGGCGCUGCGCGCGCGGCGCGCUCGCCGCGGGCGCCGCCGCUGCCCACGCGCACAUCGUCAAACGAGGAUUUGCGUCCGACGUGCUCGUAUCCAACGUCCUGCUGGAUUCUUACGCCAAAGGAGUCUCUCUUGCAGCCGGGCGCCAGCUGUUCGACGAAAUGCCGCACAGGGACGUCGUGUCCUGGUGUACCGUCAUUUCCGCGCACGUCAGCCGCGGGAUCUUCGUCGAGGCCAUCGGAUUAUUCAAGGACCUAUUGUCCUCUGAUCAGGUGAAGCCAAAUCGGUUUGUCAUCUCAACAGUACUGAACGCCUGUGCCAAGUCGGGUGUCAUGGAGCUUGGGCUCAUGGUGCAUGCAUUGGUGGUCAAGUCUGGCCUGGGUGUCGACAGGUUUGUGGAAGUUGGAUUAGUGGACAUGUAUGCAAAGUGUGGUAAUAUGGGUGAUGCUUUUAGGCUGUUCAAUAAGAUUCCGAUGAAGAGCUCUGUUGCUUGGAAUGCAAUGAUUUAUGGUUUUGUCGAGAACAGUUGUUUUGUGGAGGCUGCUGAGCUUUUCCAGGAUAUGCAUAAAAUUGGCAUGGCAAUGGAUGUGGUGACAUUGAGGGUAGUAGCCGGUGUUGCUGCUAUUCUUGGAUCAUUUGAUCUUUCUAGGAAUAUUCAUGUUUAUGCUCUUAAAAUGGGCUUGGGAGUAGAUUGUUUUGUUGUGUCUGAGCUCAUCAAGUCAGCCGGGAGGGUAGGUGAAACUCAGUACAUUGGAAAGCUUGUUGCUGCAGUUAGAAAGCGUGACGGAUCUUUGUAUUCUUUGGCUAUUUCAAGCUAUCACUCAAAUGGUUGUCAGGAUGAAGCAGUGAAACUUUCAGAAAAGUUUCUUUCUUCAGGUCUCAGCUUAAGGGAAGGAGACAUGGUUACAGUGCUUGGCAUAUGUCAAAUAGAAGAGGAGGUUCGACAAAUGCAUGCUUUUACUCUGAAAACCGGAGGCUUCUGUUAUACUAACGUAUGCAAUGCCCUUAUGUCAGUAUAUUCUGAACUUGGAUCACUGAUGUGUGCGGAAUCAAUCUUCAAAACUAUGCAAUCACCAGAUGUCGUAUCAUGGUCUGGAGUGAUGGCAGGCUGUAUCAAGAACCUCCAAUUUGAGAGAGCGUGCAGUUACUUUAGGCAGUUAAGCAACACUGGAGCACCGCUAGAUCAGCAUUGUGUUGUUACCGUCAUAAAUGCAUGUACUGGUCUUCAGGACUUGGAUAAGGGGAGGCAGAUACACUCAGUUGCUCUUAGACUUGGGCUACUGCUUGCUGAUUUCGUCAGUGCAUCCCUAGUAAACAUGUAUGCAAAAUGCCAUUGCAUUGAGGGUGCUGCUGAGUUAUUCACCCAUGCAUUGUUUCCACGGAAUUUAGUUGUAACUAAUGCCAUGCUCUCUGGAUAUUGCUGGAAUUUCCUGCCAGAUAAAGCUCUGCUGCUAUUUUGCAGGGAAUAUCAGUUUGGUCUGUGUCCUGAUCGAUUCACUUUCUCAACUGUUCUUGGUGCAUGUGCUGAUAUAAGAGCAAAGCAGGCUGGCGAGCAGAUCCAUGGCUACCUUGUAAAGAUUGGUUCUGAAAAUCUGGAUGUCAUUGUUGGAAAUGCUAUCAUAGACCUUUAUGUUAAAACAGAUGCAGUGAUGAAGCUCUUCAUCUUUUCUCUAAGAUGCAGCACAGUGGACUGCAUGUGCAAACCGUGUCACCUUUGCAAGAAUCUUACGGGAUGUGGCGAUCUUUGUGCUAUUGAUUUAGGAAGACAACUGCAUGCUUCCAUCAUAAAGAUGGGUCUGCUUUCUGAUGUAUAUGUCACAAAUGCACUUGUGGGAAUGUACAAAGCAUCUGACAUUCAGACUGAAUCAAGAAGAAACUCUGAAGAAACAUUGGCAGGAAAUGUUUCAGAACAGGAUACCACAGAUAGUUUCAGUUCAGAACAAAGCUAUGUGAGCAGCACUCUUGAAGAACUUGGACUGUUCACAUUGGAUGAAGAGAAUGACCAUGUAACUUCUGCCAAUGCGUGGAAGAUCUGCACUGGUUCUGCUUCUCAAUUCUAUGGAACUCCACUUCCCAUUCAUGUGGAUGGACAUGAAUUUGGAACCAAUAACAACAUAGGGAAUGUAAACAAUGUCAAGUACAAUGGGAAUAAGCUUUCGCUAAAUUACAAAAAUUCCAGCUACAAGGGAAAUAUAAAUGGAUCUGUUAAGUUAUGUAACUUGUUGCAAGAGGACAGCACCAAAUCUGAUCACUUUGUCCUCAUUAUUUUUGUUGAUAGUAGGAAUUUAAAGAUGAGGGAUGCAAGAUUUAUUAACGUGGAACCGCUGAAAAGAUAUGGUGAUGUCCCUGCACUUGGUUUUCCUCCUUGA